AUGUUGAUUGACAUGAAUCUUGCAUCUCCUUUUGCAUGGACACGUCUCUUUGUUUUUGUAAUUUUUUCUUCACUUACUGUCACUUCUGCUGCUGCUGCUUUGCCCAAGUCACAGUUUCACUCUCCCUUUACUAUUACCAAUUUAACUCAUCGUCUUCUUGCCAGCACCUGUAAUGAAAUGGACAGUAAAAAGAAUAGUGAAUGUUCAGAAAAACUCAGGGAAGCUUCAACACUUAGAUGUGGGUUUAAGUUGCUUGAUAGCAACUUCUUCAAUGAAAGAAAGUUGUUGGAGAUUGCAAAAGGAGCAACAGAGUUCAACAUACCUAUAAUCAGGGCCAACCGGAAACUAGUGGCUUUUGAGGAUGGAGGGUUGCAUAAUCCGUCUGCUUUACUUUUUAAUGCUGAUUGGGGCAGUGGACAGGCACAAGAAGUGAGCAAAAGAUUUUAUUAUCCCUCUUUGUCAAACAUACAGAAGCCGGAGCAUGAAGAGGACAUUGCUUUCAUGAGUGUUCUCGAAUUGGGGGCACUGAUUAAGUCUAAACAAAUUACAUAAGAAAAGCUCACUCGAAUAUUUCUGAAGAGAUUAAAGAGGUACAAUCCUGUUCUUGAAGCUGUGGUUACUUAUACUGAAGAAUUAGCUUAUAAGCAAGCAAAAGAAGCUGAUGAAUUGCUUGCCCAAGGAAAAUAUUUGGGCCCUCUGCAUGGGAUUCCUUAUGGGUUGAAGGAUAUAAUUUCAGUACCACAAUACAAAACAACUUGGGGUUCAACAACUUUCAAAGAUCAAGUCCUUAACACUGAAGCCUGGGUUUACAAGAGGUUGAAGUCAGCAGGAGCAGUUCUUGUUGCAAAGCUUGUUUCUGGGUCACUGGCAUAUGACGAUAUCUGGUUUGGGGGUAGGACAAGGAAUCCUUGGAAUAUUGAGGAAUUCUCAACAGGUUCAUCAGCUGGGCCUGCUGCUUGCACCUCAGCUGGUAUGGUUCCAUUUGCAAUUGGUUCAGAAACAGCUGGCUCUAUAACCUACCCUGCAUCUCGUUGUGGAGUGACAGCAUUACGCCCAACCUUUGGCACUGUUGGGCGAACUGGUGUGAUGAGUAUAUCAGAGAGCUUGGAUAAGCUUGGCCCAUUCUGUAGAAAUGCUGCAGAUUGCACAAUUGUUUUGGCUGCUAUCCGAGGGAAGGAUCCUGAUGAUCUCUCAUCAAGAGAUAUCCCAUUUGGUGAUCCAUUCUCAGUAGACAUUACAAAACUAACAGUUGGAUAUCUUGAGGAUGCUGAGAUGGAGGUGGUUCAAGUUCUCGCGUCAAAGGGCGUUAAUAUGGUUCCUUUCAAACUGAACUAUACUGUUGACUCUGUUCAAGGAAUCCUGAAUUUCACGAUGGAUGUUGAAAUGUUGACUCACUUUGAUGUGUGGCAACGCUCCAGGAAGGAUGAUGAUUAUGAAGCUCAAGAACAAUGGCCAACUGAAUUACGCCGUGCUCGUAUAAUCCCAGCUGUAGAUUAUUUGCAGGCACAAAGAGCACGAGGAAAAUUAAUCAGGGAAGUGAAAGACAGUUUUACAGUCGACGCCUUCAUUGGAAAUGCAACUGACUGGGAGAAGGUUUGCUUGGGAAACCUUGUGGGUUUGCCAGUAACUGUUAUUCCCACUGGAUUUAAAACUAUACCUAAUCCGCCAGAAGGUGGUACUCGAAGAAGAACUGCAAUCCCUAUUGGCAUUUAUGCUCCUCCGAAUCAUGAUCACAUUGCUUUGGCAUUAUCAAUGGCUUAUCAAUCAGCCACAGACCACCAUAAGCAGCGCCCACCUAUUGAUGAUCUUGGGCCAAAUGACACAAUCCCGAAUCCACCCCCAGCUGCUAUCCGUCCCAGAUUAAUGCAUCUUUGAAGGUUAUAUAUUAUCAAUGUUCAUGUAAUGUAAAAGGCGAUGAAAACCCCACUGAGAUAAGAAUUUCAUCUUAAUGUUGCAAUGGAAGGUGUAAUGGUAAAAUUGAUUCAUGAAGUAGAUUAAGAAGAAAAAUAAAUGAAUUGA